CACGUGCCUUUGCAAACCCGCAGUGAACAUGAACAAAAAAUAGACGGGCCUGCAAGCGAUAGUCGAUACGCUGUAUUGAAGAUGGCAGACCAUCAGAUCCAGGGACACAAAGCACUGCCCGAGGAGACUCAGAGCUGGCAAGGAGAUUUUGACCCUUUCGCAGACCGCGAAGAACGUAGGGUAUUAUUUGCGGCCUUGGACUCGUUUAGACAAUAUCGACGGAGCGCUCAUUUAAACAACACGCAUCGCCGCCGUCAAUCAUUCUAUGCCCUGCCACAAAGGCAUUGGCAGAUGCUAGCAGAACCCCCAUUUUCUAUCCUGGAGAACUUUGACAAAGUCGACGAUGCCAUAGAUACUAAUUCCGACAUAGCUGACGCCAUUCUUGAGACUGGUCUACAGUCAUUUGGACUGUCAGCUACUCCAGACAAGACCGACCCACAGCAAAACUGGCACGAUACUGCCACUGGCGGCGACAUGGGGAAGGCGCAUUCGACAAUUCGGCAGUUCUAUCGCGAUUGGAGCGAAGAAGGAAAACGAGAACGAGAAGUAUGCUACAAUCCUGUGCUGGCUGUUCUGAAUCUAAAGUUUGGGGAUCUCCCAAACCGGCCUAGAUCGGACAUUCGUGUGCUAGUCCCUGGAGCGGGUCUUGGGCGCUUGGUGUUUGAUAUCUGUGCUGCUGGAUAUACAGCAGAAGGCAACGAAAUCUCUUAUCACCAACUUCUGGCUAGUAGUUGGAUUUUGAACCACUCUCGAGGCACUCGCCAGCACGCCUUAUAUCCUUUCGCGUUACAAUUUUCAAAUAUAUUAUCAAGAAAACAACAGCUUCAAAAAGUCAUGAUACCAGAUGUCCAUCCCGCUUCCGCAAUGCAUCUUUCUCAGAUUGAUGACAAUAAUAUUCCUUCAUUUGGCAAUAUGAGUAUGUCAGCUGCCGAUUUCAUUCCUUUGUAUAGCCAGGAAGCACAAAAAGAAGCAUUCGAUGCCAUUGCGACAGUUUUCUUCAUAGAUACCAGUCCAAAUCUGAUUCGGUAUAUUGAGACAAUCAAAAAUUGCCUGAAGCCAGGGGGGCGUUGGAUCAAUGUUGGUCCCCUGUUAUGGCAUUUUGGGACCAGUGACCCCGAUUCUACCCGACACUCCUCUAGCAACGAAACAGCAGACGCUGAAAACUCACUAAUCAUGCAAAAUGAUGGAAGCACUGGAAUUGGAGAACCCGGAAACGUGGAAUUAAGUGAAGAAGAAGUAUUUCAUCUUGUGCAGCGGAUGGGAUUUACAUUUGAAGUCCAGCAACCUCCAGAAGAUCGGCCUUAUUGUGGGUAUAUUCAGGACCCAGAAAGUAUGCUCCAAAAUUUAUAUCGACCUUCUUUAUGGGUAGCACGGAAGUUAUAGAUGCAUAAGUUACAUGAUGCUGGAAAUUGAAUUGUAUCGUGAUAGGCUUAUAGUAAAUAGAAAAUAUGCAUACGCAAUAUAUCGAAGACAUAUUUAGAGGACUCACUCAUGUCUGAAAAUCUGUCAUUACAUUUUUUUGAAGACUUGAUGAUUCCCAAACAUUGAAUACGUGUACCAUUUGGGAGAUCAAAAUAGUCUACUUAUUGUAGAAAUAUAAGUAC